AGUACCCUCUCGGAUUGGCUUUUAAUGAAUUAAAAAAAAAAUCCCCAUCGCCAAAAUACCCUGCGAAGGCGAAGAAGAGUGGGUUUGCUUAGGGCGUCCCACCGCCCGCCUUCUGUCCGCGAGAGGCGGAGGGGUGGCAAACUCUCAAGGUGUUAGAGCGUGAGAGAAGGGAGGAGCAAGAGGAGGAGGAGGAAGGGAAAGAUAAGAGAGAAGAGAAAGCGCGGUGGUGGCGGGCGGCAGGACGGCAGCGGGGAAGGAGGGCAGGAGGCGAUGCAACGUCGGAAGGCGAUGACGUGGGGGAGGGUGGGGAAAUCGGCGCAGGCGGUCGCGGGGCACGGGCUGCUCUUCUGCUUCACUCUCUUCCUCGCCCUCAAGAUCGAUGGCCGCAUCUUCUAUUCUUGGUGGAUAGUUUUUGUCCCGCUUUGGCUGUUUCAUGCUGUUGUUGCACGUGGAAGGUUCUCCUUACCUGCUCCAUCAUUACCUCAUGAUCGUCAUUGGGCACCUUGUCAUGCUAUUGUUGCGGGACCAUUAUUAAUUGCAUUUGAGCUGCUUCUUUGUGUUUACCUCCAGAGCAUCAGCGCUCACACCGGCCCAACUUUUAACCUGAAGAUCGUUUUCCUUCCUCUUUUGGCCUUUGAAGUAAUUAUUCUCAUUGACAAUUUCAGAAUGUGUAGGGCUUUAAUGCCAGGAGAUGAAGAAAGCAUAAGUGAUGAAACCAUAUGGGAGACACUUCCUCACUUUUGGGUCGCGAUCUCUAUGGUGUUCAUGAUAGCUGCUACAACAUUCACACUUCUUAAGAUAAGUGGUGACGUAGGUGCUUUGGGCUGGUGGGAUCUAUUUAUAAAUUUUGGAAUUGCAGAGUGCUUUGCUUUCCUCGUUUGUACAAAGUGGUCUAAUCCAAUGAUUCAUAGACAGCCACAUCAUGCAGAAGCAAGCUCUUCCUCCACAGCAAUUAGAUAUCGUGAUUGGAGUAGUGGCCUUGUGCUUCCUUCAAUCGAGGAUCAUGAUCAGGAUAGAUUAUGUGGUCUGCAAGACAUAGGAGGGCAUAUAAUGAAAAUUCCACUUGUAGCUUUCCAGGUUUUGUUAUGUAUGCGCUUAGAGGGAACGCCACCUAGUGCUCGAAAUAUUCCAAUUUUGGCUCUUUUCCUGCCAAUGUUUCUUUUGCAAGGUGCCGGCGUCCUCUUUGCUAUAUCAAGAUUGGUGGAGAAGCUUGUUCUUUUACUACACAGUGGAUCUAUUAGUAAUAGAUAUCUCACAAUUUCAUCAACUGCUCAUGAUUGCUUUGCCUUCCUACAUCAUGGUUCAAGAUUGCUGGGUUGGUGGUCUAUUGAUGAAGGAAGCAAAGAAGAGCAAGCUCGCUUGUUUCAUGCUGAAGCUACCGGGUAUAACACUUUCUGUGGUUACCCACCCGAGGUGGUGAAGAAAAUGCCUAAGAAGGAUCUUGCUGAAGAGGUUUGGAGAUUACAAGCAGCUUUGGGAGAACAAUCUGAAAUCACAAAGUAUACCCAGCAAGAGUAUGAAAGGCUCCAACAUGAAAAAAUCCUGUGUAGGGUUUGCUUUGAGGGAGAAAUAUGCAUGGUCCUCCUUCCUUGCCGGCACCGCACACUUUGCAAGCCUUGCUCUGAGAAGUGUAAGAAAUGCCCUAUAUGCCGGGUCUCCAUCGAGGAGCGAAUGCCUGUAUAUGAUGUAUAAGCUUGACUAACCUGUCAAAACAAAGUGAAGAAAUGUAUAGGUUUUUUCUUUUAUAGCUGUUUGUGUGGUCUCUCUCUCUCUGUGCGCUGGCGCAUGCACGCUGCCUGAUAUUUUGUAAGAUCCAACUCGAUUGCUGAAUGGUGCAUCCAUGCAGCCUAAAAUUGCUUGUAUUAUCUGUCAAAAGCAUUUAGGUGACACGGUGGCCGUUCCAAUUUCUUUUCUUUCCAUGUAAAAAGAUAUCUACUUAUGUUAUAGGCUUGUACUUGGUUUUAAAUGACCUUUUUUUUGGUAUCUGUAAGCAAAUAUUGACGUGUCCAAUUUAAUGGUGCCCUCAAAAUUUGCCCUUUUGAGUU